AUACAUCCACGCAGGAUGAGCACGGGUUAUUCCAUGCCACUGUUCGGGUCAGCCUAGAUUCAUCUCAGGUUGAACUUUUCCCGUCAGUUACCACGCCUCGCAUGAUGAUACUCAUAGGGCACCCGGCUGGGGUCCUUCUGAGGGGCAUUUCCUUACCUUGCACAUUAUCUUGCCUUUUACCCAGUCUUCCAUUUCCUGAAUCUAUCUAUUUUUCCUGCACCUGGAGAGGCAAUGCUGCUAUCAGUCUAGGCCCCAAUGAUUCGACGGAAGAGAUUGUGGGGGGUUUGGGAACAAGGGUGGGUGGAGUUGCAAACACACAACAAAUACACUUGGGUGACCUUCAUGGGUCGUACUUGGAGCACUGAAUGGGCCAUGCUCCUAAACAAGGUCUUUUCAAAACUUCAGUUAGAGCCGAUCGAAGACUAUCGAUGGAUUGGUUGUUCUAAGGGGCGUCGUUAAUGCAAUUGGAGGA